UUCUCCUUCCCACGGGCCUGCAGGGGCAGCAAGAUGGCGACGUUGAGGGCUCUGGGGAAGCUCCGGAGCCUUGUGGCCCCGGUGCUGCGGCCCGACUCUGGGGUUCGGCUGACGCUUCAGCCCAGCAGAGGUGCUCGGCAGUGGCAGCCAGAUGUGGAAUGGGCAGAACAGUUUGGGGGGGCUGUCAUGUACCCAAAUAAAGAAACCGCCCUCUGGAAGCCUGCACCCUGGAAUGAUGUGGAUCCUCCAAAAGACACAAAGGUGGCCAACGUGACCCUAAACUUUGGGCCCCAGCACCCAGCAGCUCAUGGAGUCCUUCGGCUAGUAAUGGAACUAAGUGGAGAAAUGGUGCGGAAGUGUGAUCCCCACAUUGGCUUGCUUCACCGGGGCACUGAAAAGCUGAUUGAAUACAAGACUUACUUGCAGGCCCUUCCAUACUUUGACCGACUGGAUUAUGUGUCCAUGAUGUGUAAUGAGCAGUGCUAUUCCUUGGCUGUAGAGAAGCUACUUAAUAUCCAGCCUCCCCCCCGGGCACAGUGGAUCCGAGUGCUAUUUGCAGAGAUCACACGGCUGCUGAACCAUAUUAUGGCGCUGACCACACAUGCCCUGGACGUUGGGGCCAUGACUCCCUUCUUCUGGAUGUUUGAAGAAAGGGAGAAGAUGUUUGAGUUUUAUGAACGAGUAUCAGGGGCACGAAUGCAUGCAGCAUACAUCCGUCCAGGAGGGGUGCACCAGGACCUGCCCCUUGGGCUCAUGGAUGACAUUUAUGAAUUUGCCAAGAACUUCUCCAUUCGGAUUGAUGAGCUUGAAGAAAUGCUGACCAACAAUCGAAUUUGGCGAAAUCGAACAGUUGACAUUGGAGUGGUAACUGCAGAAGAGGCCCUUAACUAUGGCUUCAGUGGGGUGAUGCUUCGAGGCUCCGGGAUUCAGUGGGACCUGCGGAAGACUCAGCCUUAUGACGCAUAUGACCAAGUAGAGUUUGAUGUCCCCAUUGGUUCCAAUGGCGAUUGCUAUGACAGGUACCUGUGUCGGGUAGAAGAGAUGCGUCAGGCUCUCCGGAUCAUUCUGCAGUGUCUUAACAAGAUGCCUCCUGGGGAGAUCAAAGUUGAUGAUGCCAAAGUGUCUCCACCAAAGCGGGCAGAGAUGAAGACAUCCAUGGAGUCACUAAUCCAUCACUUCAAGCUCUAUACUGAGGGCUACCAAGUUCCACCGGGUGCUACAUACACUGCUGUCGAGGCACCAAAGGGAGAGUUUGGAGUAUACCUGGUUUCUGAUGGCAGCAGCCGCCCCUAUCGAUGCAAGAUCAAAGCACCUGGCUUUGCGCACUUGGCUGGUUUGGACAAGAUGUCUAAGGGGCACAUGCUGGCGGAUGUGGUGGCAAUCAUAGGUACCCAGGACAUCGUGUUUGGAGAGGUAGAUCGGUGAGCCAGAGAAUAGCAACUUGUCUCUGCUAUCUCCUCACUGAUUACUAUCUCCUGAGGGAAGUGGGAGGGAAAGACAGGCUGUGUGUGUGUGUGUGUGUGAGAGUGUGAGAGAGAGAGUGGGGGUGUGGGGCACACGCAUGCACUCACUGAGUGGUCUGUGCUUCUGUUAAGAAAAAGGAAAUAAUAAUAAAUUAGCCGCUCUGCGGUCCCUGUG